AUGGCGGCGGCGGCGGCGACGCUCCGCGGCCCCGCCACGGCUGCAUUUCCGGGCGCGGCCGCCGUCGCCGUCGCAUCGAUGUCAUCAGCCGGCGUCAAGACGCGGGCGCGCAUGCGCGCGCUCUCGGCGGAGCGCCACUGCGGUUCGUCAGCGGGGAGGGGCCUAGCGCUCCCGGCGGAGCGCCGCUGCGCAUGCGUGUCCCUUGGCUGCUUGUUCCCUCUGCCCUCUCGCGUGUGGACCCACGGCGCAUGCGCACAGGUUGAAUCGGCCGGGAGGCGCAGAGCGGACCCUGGAGGGUCGAGUUGCGCAUGCGCACAGCGUGAGUCCGCCGGGAGGUGCCUAGGGGACCCCGGAGGAUCGAGGUUCCGUCCGCAUUGCGCAUGCGCACUGGGUGCAGAGAAGUUGAUCCUCCACCUGCAGAAGCACAGCAUCCCCUUCGACCUGGCCUCCAGCUCGGGGACUGAGUCCUACCAGGCCAAGACCAGCGCACACCGGGAGCUGUUCGGUGCCUUUCACCACGUGGUGCUGGGCGAUGACCCCGAGUGCCUGGUGCUGGAGGACUUGCCCCACGGCGUGGCGGCCGCCCGGGCAGCGGGGAUGCAGGUGGUCAUGGUGCCCAGCGUCCAGCUCGACCCCGAACUCAACGGCCGGGGCCACCCUGCUGCUGCCCUCCCUGGGUGACAUACAACCCGAACUCUUCGGCCUGCCCGCCUUCAACUGACCUGCGGACGGACAGACAGACAGAAGGACGCUGGACACAAGGCCAAGACCUGACCCCUCCCAGGGCCUCCCUGACCUCUGGAAAUAAAGGGAAUGAACACAG